CACCACAAUCCAGAAGAAGCAAAAAAGCCGUCCAGUCCACAGCGACGCGUUUUGGACUUUGGACAAGUCUCUCUGCCCCCUCCAUGCACAAAACAAGUUCCUCACAGAAAGCUCCACAACAACAAUGGCUUCCAUCUAUUGCUGUAUGGAAUGCGGCACCAAUCUGAAUCUCAACUCUGCGUAUGCAUAUCCAGCCGAUUUCUACUUCGAGGCCGGGAACAAGGGUACAGUUUCGUUCUCUGCUGUGGACACCACCAAGUUCAGGUUCGAGAAAGAGGACAAGAUCCGUCCUUUCUUUGAGACCCUCAACUACUGGGGAAUUCAGAGGAAGAGGACUAAGAUCAUAUGCAAUAGCUGUGGCCGUCUCGUUGGUUAUGUCUAUGAUGAUGGUCCUCCUCUUACCAAUAGUCCUGGUCAAUUUCACAUGGGACCUAGCCAAGUUAUCCCCAGAGCACCCAGAUAUAGGUUCAAGACCAAAACCCUUCGAAUCACAUCAAGUUGAACACUUUUCCAUCUCUCCUUAAUUGGGUUUUGCCUGCUCUGUGUUUUCCAUAUGCCCCUUGUGCGAAUUUUAAUUUUUUCUUUUUCUUUCAUUGGCAUGUUGAUAGACAUACAGAUUGUAGCUUGUGUAAUAUUUCACACUUUUCUUUGAAAUAAAGUUGUUACUUUUCU